CUUCCCUGUCAUCACCUUCAGCAUCUGUGCAAAGAACGUGGUGCAGUACAAGGUUUUCUCCUUUGUUUUGACAAAGGGCAGUAAUUACGUCUCUUCUUGAUCGAUGGAAGAGAAAAGCAUGGAAGAAAGUCUAUUAGCGAAAGAGAUAGAGCACAACACAGUGACUAAUGUACAUCAGAGAGUUACAUGGGAUGCUUUCAGUCUAGAAAUGAGGAGGAUUUGCCACAUAGCAGGGCCUAUGGUGGCUGUGAUUUCAUCUCAAUAUUUGUUGCAAGUUGUCUCAAUCAUGAUAGUUGGUCAUCUCGGUGAGCUCUAUCUCUCUGGCGCUGCCUUAGCCAUCUCCAUUACUGCGGCCACAGGUUUCAGUUUUCUUAUGGGGAUGGCUUGUGGACUUGAAACUAUUUGUGGACAGGCUUACGGAGCUCAGCAAUAUCAAAAAAUUGGCAUGCAAACAUACGCUGCUAUAUUCUCUCUCAUUUUGAUUUGUCUUCCCUUGUCUUUACUCUGGAUAAACAUGGAAAAUAUACUAGUUUUCAUAGGCCAGGACCCUCUAAUUGCACAUGAAGCAGGGAAAUUCACGAUUUGGCUUCUUCCAGCACUUUUUGCACAUGCAAUUCUGCAGCCAUUAGUUCGAUAUUUUCAAAUACAAAGUUUGCUUCUUCCCAUGUUUAUAAGUUCUUGUGUCACUCUUUGUAUCCAUAUACCUCUUUGUUGGGCUUUGGUAUUCAAAACUGGACUGAAUUAUGUUGGUGGAGCCUUAGCAUUUAGCAUUUCAAUCUGGUCAAAUGUGAUUUUUCUUGGAUUAUACAUGAGAUACUCUUCUGCAUGUGCAAAAACCCGUGCACCAAUUUCUGUGGAGCUGUUCCAAGGAAUUGGGGAGUUCUUUCGCUUUGCUAUCCCUUCUACAGUAAUGAUUUGCCUUGAAUAUUGGUCAUUUGAGCUGCUUGUUGUGCUGUCUGGGCUGUUACCAAAUCCACAACUUGAAACUUCAGUUCUAUCCGUUUGUCUCAAUACCAUUGCAACUCUGUAUACAAUACCCUUUGGAAUUGGUGCUUCAGCAAGCACAAGGGUUUCAAAUGAAUUAGGAGCUGGGAAUCCAUAUGCUGCCCGUGUUGCUGUGUUGGCUGCGAUAUCCCUAGCAGUCUUUGAGUCAAGUAUAGUAAACGCAACCCUCUUUGCCUGCCGCAAUGUUUAUGGUUAUAUUUUCAGCAAUGAGAAGCAAGUUGUUGAUUAUGUCACUGUCAUGGCUCCUCUGGUUUGUCUAUCUGUUAUGCUGGACAGCAUACAAGGUGUUCUCGUAGGGAUUGCUAGAGGUUGUGGAUGGCAACACAUAGGGGUUUAUAUCAAUCUAGGGGCCUUCUACCUCUGUGGGAUUCCAGUUGCAGCCUCAUUGGCAUUUUGGCUAAAACUGGGAGGAAAAGGACUUUGGAUUGGGAUACAAUGUGGUGCUUUUAUUCAAUGUGUUCUACUUGCUAUCAUAACAAGUUGCAUCAAUUGGGAACAGCAGGCAAUCAAGGCAAAAAAGAGAUUAUUUGAUGGUUCAUUUUCAGCAGACAAUAGACUAGUCUGAGAAGCCCAUGAUUAAAGUGCAAUUUUCUAAUGAUGGGGACAAUUCUCCAUGAAUGAGGAGUAGUUUAUUCCCCUUAUAGGAGGUUUGGAACUAAAUAUUUAUGACUUUUUUUUAUUUUGUUUUGUUUUUUUUAGCACUUUCUCGGUUCUACUAGUGCUCAGCUGUUUGUAAUGCAAAGUAUCAUUUACGUGAGUUUAUGUGUGUGAACUGAUGUUUAAUAAGGAGAUUAUCAAGUAUU